AACCUAUUAGUGAAAUAUAAAUCAAUAUUCUACACUUGACAUCAUCAAGUACAAACAUGUCCUCAUUUGCUUUCCUUUUGCUUUGCGUCCAAGCUUGCUUGGUACAGAAAGUAUUCAGCCAGUGCCUCGGUGCGGGACCAAUUGGCUAUGGUCCAGGCAUCGCCAACGCGGCUGGCCUAGGUCCAGGUAUAGGACCAUACGGCUAUGGUGCCGGGCUGGCCCCUGCACCCUUCGGUGUGGCACCAAUGGCUGUUGAGCUCGGCGGGCUGGGAGCAGGCUUGGCUCCGGCGGCUAUAGAACUCGGCGCGUACGGCGGAGCUGGUGUCGGCGACGUAGCAGUCGCUGGCGAGAUGCCAGUUGUUGGCAACACCCUCGUCGCUGGGCAGGUGCCGAUCCUCGGCGCUGUGCGCUUUGCUGGUGAUCUGCCAGCCGCUGGCACUGUCAGCAUCUCUGGCAGCUGCGGAUGCGGUUGCAACCGUGGUCCUCUCUACUACUAAACUACUACUAGGAAAUAAAAUUCUGUACAUAAAACGAAUUGCAAUAUAAAUAAUUGUUACUUUUUUAAAUGUUGUUACAAACUGUUAAAUUUAUUAAAGAAUAUU